AAAAAAGCUAAACUUGUCUUCUUCAACGGAUGAAAAUUUAGUAGCGAGAAGGAAACUUCCUAGCUCACGCUCUUCACUUCAAUCUGAGAUCUCAUCGCAACUAAAUCACACAGAGAUCACAAAUCUCGUGAAGUGAAACUUUUUAAUUGUAUUCCUUGAAAAUAACAAACCCAUCGAAUUUUUGUAGACUAAGCUUCUCCAUCCAUUCUUCCUCCUACAGCAGAUCCGAAGACGAAGAAGAAAUCAAACUAGUUCCGGGUUUUUUAUCUUGCUAGUUUGUUGAGUUAUGCUGGAUUUGGUUUUCAAUCUUUCUUCUCUGACCGUUCGUUGACUUGCUUAGGUACAAGUCUCUCCAUCUCCAGCUUCUAGAAGAAGACAACAUUUUAGUGUAUCCUCGUUGAGUCUAUGGGUUGUUGUAAGGUGCCGGCUCUUAUUCAGGCGCAGGUAGAAAUGGGUUUGGUAAGUGAAGUUGAGCACAAAAGACUUUUCAGACGAGAAACAGAUUCACCACAAACAAAAGCUGCUUCUUUGAUGGAGCAAGGUGGAUCAUUUUCUGCAAAUUUUCAAGAGCGCACAGCUAAAGCACCUAAGCACAGCGUGCUCCAGAGCUUCAAGAUCGUCAUUUUAUCGAAUAAACUCAAUCUUUUGUUGCCUUUCGGUCCACUAGCAAUAUUACUCCACUAUUUGACAGAUAAUAAGGGAUGGAUCUUCUUACUGAGCUUAGUAGGAAUCACACCAUUGGCUGAACGUCUCGGAUAUGCCACAGAGCAAUUGGCUUGUUACACAGGUUCAACUGUUGGAGGCCUCUUAAACGCUACAUUUGGAAACGUGACAGAGCUGAUCAUAUCUAUUUUCGCUCUUAAAAAUGGAAUGAUACGCGUUGUACAGCUGACACUGCUCGGCUCCAUUCUUUCUAACAUGUUGCUUGUACUUGGCUGCGCCUUUUUCUGUGGGGGGCUUGUAUUUUCCCGUAAAGAGCAAGUCUUUGACAAAGGGAAUGCGGUUGUGAAUUCAGGACUGCUUUUGAUGGCUGUUAUGGGGCUACUCUUCCCCGCUGUUCUUCAUUACACGCAUAGCGAGGUUCAUGCUGGUUCGUCAGAGCUGGCUCUUUCAAGGUUCAGUAGUUGCAUAAUGCUUGUGGCCUAUGCUGCUUACCUUUUUUUUCAGCUAAAGAGCCAGCCCAGUUCUUAUACCCCUCUUACCGAGGAUAUGAACCAGAGCGAAGAAACUUCGGACGAUGAUGAAGAUCCUGAGAUCUCCAAGUGGGAAGCAAUCAUCUGGCUUUCAAUCUUGACUGCUUGGGUCUCUCUUCUUUCAGGCUAUCUUGUCGAUGCCAUUGAGGGUGCUUCGGUCUCAUGGAAGAUACCAAUCUCGUUUAUUAGUGUCAUCUUGCUUCCUAUAGUUGGAAAUGCGGCCGAGCAUGCAGGUGCUAUUAUGUUUGCCAUGAAAGACAAGCUGGAUCUGUCUUUGGGAGUGGCUAUUGGAUCGUCAAUCCAGAUUUCCAUGUUUGCGGUUCCAUUCUGUGUGGUGAUCGGAUGGAUGAUGGGUGAACAGAUGGAUCUGAAUUUCCAGCUAUUUGAGACUGCUACACUGUUCAUAACUGUGAUAGUUGUAGCAUUCUUCCUCCAGGAAGGGACAUCGAAUUACUUCAAAGGAUUGAUGCUCAUUCUCUGCUAUUUGAUAGUUGCUGCCAGUUUCUUUGUACACGAAGAUCCUCAUCAAGAUGAUAUAUAGCCAUCCCAAAAAACACGUGAAUCUGGUACGUGUCCUAAAACUAAACCCUGGUGAUCUUACUUACAUGUACAUUUUUUUUUUAAGAUUCUGGAGUUAAUGUUUGUAUCAGACCAAACUGAAAGUUGUCCCAGUUUACGUUUGAGGCCCCUUCCUUGGGGGCUGGUUUAGGGUUGCAAUUUUGUGAAAUUACUUUGAUUAUCUUUAUAUAUAUUAUAUAAUCUAUUGGGAACUUGUAAUCGGAAUUUCUAUAGAUUAGGCAUCUAUCCAA